AUGGUCAGAUUGAACAGUCUCCUCACCUCAGUAUCCCUCGGGCUGUUGUCGCUCUCCGGCGGCUCCUCCGCAGCGCAAAACAUCUACAAGCGGUAUGACAACUCGACGUCGUGCUCCACAGCCACGUCCGUUUCUGCCGUCAGCGUCUACGGACCAGCGUACUCGGGCGCCGUGUCCCACCAGUACUCGGCCCCUACCAUUGUCGGUGAGUGGGUCGACGCACCAGUUUGGUCGAUCUACAUUCCGCAGGACGUGUACAACUUCACCGGUCUGGAGCUCGUUUUGAACCACCUCAGCUCGGCAAUUGCCUCCGCGGACGCGUUCACGCUCUACAGCGGUGACAUCGGCAACUUUGUCAACCCAGGCGCAAUCUACUCCAAGAGCAUCGGCGGGAUCACCUUCGAUGGUAAGACCCAGGCCCCUCUCUUGAAGAUCGUCUUUGCCCCAGGUUUUGACAGCAGCGCCUCGUCUUAUUCGGUGGACUUCACUCUUGCUUUGGACAUCAUUCCUUCCGGCUCGUUUGCCAAGAGAGACGUCCAGACGUUUGAUUUGUCCUCCACCAUCAAUAAGCCAGGCGGCUCGUCGUCCAGCGCCGUGCCAGUUUCCUCGACCCCAGCUUCCACUUCGUCCGAGUCGUCUUCCUCAUCAGUUGAGACUUCGAUCUCGUCCUCGUCUUCCUCAUCAGUUGAGACUUCGAUCUCGUCCUCGUCUUCCUCAUCAUCUGGGACUUUGACCUCGUCUUUGACCACGUCUUUGUCUUCUUCUUCUGCAACCCACGGUACCGCCACCACUACUUCUACUGUCGGCUCCACUGUCUGCACCGAAGAACACUGCACCAAGACUGGUUCCACUGUGACCACCAAGACCACCUCGAGCGAAACUAUCACCAGCUGUUCCGACGGCAAGUGCACCGAAGUGCCAACUAAUGGUACCGGUUCCGUUGUCACCACUAAAACCACUUUGAGUAAAACUAUCACCAGCUGUUCCGACGGCAAGUGUACUGAGACUCCUGUCACUUCUGCUCCUGGUACCAAAGUUAUUGUUGGUUCAACCACCACAUUGACCAUCACUUCUUGUGCCGAUCAUGGCUGUACCUUGCACACCGUCCCAGCUGUCGGUUCUGUUGUUACUACCACUGUGGAUGAAACUGUUUCUACUUACACUACCUACUGCCCACUUGCACCAACCAAUACUGCCACCACUGUUCCAGGUACCACUAUUUCAAGUGCUUCUACAACCAGUGUUGUACCAGGUACCCCUGUUUCAAGUGCUUCUACAUCCACUGUCACUUCUAGAAGUUCUACAAUCGUUUUCACCUCGUCAACAUCAGCCACUGCUGCUACCCAAAGUAGCAGCAGCAUCUCAAUUUAUGUUGCAGGUGCUAACGACCUCAGAGCUAACGCUUUGACUGGUGGUAUUGCAGGUCUUAUUGCCGGUUUUGCUUUGAUGGUGUAG